UAUAUCCUAUGUCUGCCUUCUAAUCGCUAAGAAUCCAGACGAUUAUUUUAGCUUUUCUUUUAGUUAUAUUCAGGGCUAGCUAGAAAGUGUUGGGCGUUGCGAGGAAUUAAAUAUUUCUGCGUUGCUGCUCACUUUGACGCUGUUUCUGAGCAAUGGACUUCUCGAAGAACACGAAGGUGAUCAAGAUCAAAUUUGGAGAUACUGUCAAGCGUAUGAAAGUACAUUUCGACGCUGGACACACGGACCUUACCAUGACUGAUUUGAGGAAAAAGAUCCAUCAUACAUUUAAAUUCCCUGCUGAUGCUGACUUUAUCUUGACAUAUGUUGACGAAGAUGGCGAUGUGGUAACACUUUUUGAUGAUGAUGAUCUGUCUGACGCGUUGACACAGAGCAUGGAAGUACUGAAGAUCAAUGUCCAACUGAGCAACAACAAAUUAGGUAUUGACUACUAUGCUCAAUCUGGUGGAAGCACUUCUGCUACGGUUUCAAAAUCUGUGCUGCAACGGCUAUCUUCCUGGAUCUGGGAAGCACUUCUGCCACUGUAUGAAGCACUUUCAAAGAUAGUUUCUAAAGCAGUCUCUGAUCCAGAUCUUUUUGAUUCAAUAUCAAAGACCGCACAGACCUACCUCGAUUAUCUAAAGCAGUCUCUGAUCCAGAUCUUGUGGAUUCAAUAUAAAAGAUAUGCAUGAACCUCGCGUGCAAGAGUUUGGUUUUAUGCUGACGGAAAAAACAAAUCAAGUAACGAAUAUCAAGCGUGCUGUAAGUUAAUGCACUAUAUAUACAUACAAGGUGUUUGUAAUUGCAUGAUUUACUUUUUCUCAAGGGUGCUGUAACUUGAGUCUUGAUCGCAGUGUGCCGCUAAAAUAUAGAAAAACAUGCAUGAAGAAAUAUUUGUGUGAAAUAUUGUAUUGUAUUGUAUUGUAGACAAUCUGGUGAUUUUAUGCUAUUGUGUUUUAGUUUUCAGACCGAUUAACAAUAUUCAUGAUGACUUAUA